AUGGGUAACCAGCUGGCCGCCCCCGCGCGGGUGCAGCCGGGCGAGCUGCUCGCCAGCGAUGUUCCCUCGCUGGUUUACAAGGAUAGCCUGGGAGGCGGGCGCUUCCUCAAGACGUUCCUGACGCGCCACGAGGAGGGCCAGGGAGGGCUGGUCGUGGUCAAGGUCUACCUCAAGCGCGGCGCCCCGGGCGCGGGCGGCGGGCUCGACCCCGACGUCGUCGCCGCGCACGAGCGAAGGCUCCGCGAGAUCCGAACCUCGCUCCUCACCCCCGCGCCCCACCACCCGCACGCGUGGCCUUUCCAGCGCGAGCUCGAGACCGAACGCGCGGUGUUCCUCAUGCGGCAGUACGCGCACAGCACCCUGUACGACCGCAUAUCCACCCGCCCCUUCCUCGCCGACCACCAGAAGAGAUGGAUCUGUUACCAGCUCCUGCACGGCCUCGCCGACGCGCACGCGCGGGGCGUGACGCACGGAGAUUUAAAGACGGAGAACGUGCUGAUGACGUCGUGGGGGUGGGCGUUCAUCGCGGACUUCGCGUCGUUCAAGCCCGCUAACUUGCCCGCGGAUAACCCCGCCGAUUACUCCUACUUUUUCGACGCGGGAAGCCGCAGGCGAUGUUACGUGGCGCCCGAGCGGUUCCGCGAGUUUGGCACCCGAGACGAGUUUAUCGGUUCACCCGGAGUCGUGCGGGGUUUGGGCGACGUCGGUACGGCUAAAUCGGCCGCCCCGUCACGAGGCGGCGUCACGCAGGCGGCGGACGUCUUCUCCCUCGGGUGCGUCCUCGGCGAGUUGUUCUUGGACGGCGCCGCGCUCUUCGACCUGUCCCAGCUCCUCGCGUUUCGCAGGGGCGAGCACGAUCCGUCGACGACGUUGUCGCAGGGAGUACCGGACGCAAACGCCCGGGAGCUGGUGCUGCGCAUGACGGCGAGGGACCCGCGGGAGAGGGUCGGCGCGGGUGAGUACCUCAAAGAGUGGCGCAGGCGCGGGUGGUUCCCGGCGUACUUUGACGAGUUGCACGACUUUUGCGCCGGUGCGUUUAUUUGUCUUUGUAUUUGUAUUUGUACGGGCGAAUAG